GUCCUACGGUCUCCAUUUGCCCCUAUGAAAGUCUUCAAAGCAAAGCUUUUUUUUUUCCCCUUCAUUUUUUUUCCCCUCGCCUUGCUGUGUCAAAUGAGCCUCAAGUUGCCAUACGGUUUUGGUACGAUUCUCUCGUUAAAGCCCAGAGCAAGGUUAUAAUUGCCCUACCUGAAUCUUCUCCGCCACAAUCUGUGCAACCUGCCACUCCAAUGACACAGGAGAACAAGCAUACUCUACGACUCACUAAUCACGAGUCAAUUUGAGACCGACUACCAAAAAAAACCCAAAACAAAAACAAAACAACACAACCACCAAAAAACAAACAAACAAAACAAAACCGAAGAAACAAGGAUAUUAGCUGCUGGGACAAAUGAAUACAAAUGAAUUUAGGGGCUGGAUGGAGAAAUUGUACUUCUCACCGCGCCGCCAAGAGAUCGGUCUUUGUUUGGUUCAUUUUAUACAUUUCCUGCUGUCUGGAUAUUUGUCAAGUAGCAGCUGAAGAUGUCGACAUUCUUCAAAGGCUGGGUCUCAUGGGAAACAAGACAUCCAUCCGGCCAGUACCCCAUGGGGUUAUACCAUAUAAGUCAGGAGUUAUUUUGACGCAGCGAGCGCGUGUGGAAGCUCCAAUUCACUCCGUAAUCCCGCCAAGUUUAGGAACGGAUCUCACCCUGGUGUUGAGCCUCUGCUCCCACCGCAUUAACAAUGCUUUUCUGUUUGCCAUCAAAAGCAAAAAGAAAAAACUUGAACUCGGGCUGCAGUUCAUCCCGGGUAAAAUUAUAGUCUAUGUGGGUCACAAACAAUCUGUAUAUUUUGAUUACAAUGUCCACGAUGGGCAGUGGCACAAUAUGGCCGUUGAUAUUCAAGGUCAAAAGGUGACUCUAUUUACUUCUUGUGGGAAGCAAAGAGUUAAUGCCAGUUUGCAUAUUAACAAAGAUAAAACGUUGGAUUCUGAUGGGGUUUUUAUGCUGGGAAAAAUGAACCAGCACUCAAUACAAUUUGAAGGUGCUAUUUGUCAAUUUGAUAUUUAUCCUCCUGCCAAGGCAGCUCAUAAUUACUGUAAAUAUCUCAAAAAGCAGUGCAGGCAAGCGGAUACAUACCGGCCGAAUCUGCCCCCUCUGAUUCCACUGAUCCCCAAAGAAGCCAGUUUGCCUCUAGGCAUGGAAGGGUUAUUGAGAAAUAAAAGUAACCUAACAUUUGUGCCUCAGACACAGCUCCCCAAAGUGAGCUUAACAACCACCGCAAAGGGAAUAGCCUUAGUUAAGAUUCCUGUGAAAUUAACUACCAAAGCACCAUCAUUACCCACCGUGACGUCUCAAGCCCCACGAAAAACGGAUACGCAGUUGUCUUCUACUCCAGUGAGCAAGACCGCCACUGUGGCACUCAGGAUUUCGACCACACUUACUGCCUCACUAGAAGAGGCCAUGCUGGUUACCCCCAAGCAGGGUCUGUCCUUUAGUAACAACAGCACAAAGUUCAAAAAGGAACCUGGUAAGGAAACCAAGAAGAACGUGUACCAAAAAAUAACUGCCAGGCCAUCUAUAACAACUGCCGCCUCCAAGCCAAUUAAAGGGACCACAUUGAGUAGUAAGAAGUUAAAAACUGCCACCCAAAAGCCAGCCGUGGAGAGAAGAACUAGUGUUACCAACAUAAAGAACACCACAUCUGUUAACUGGAAGCUGGAGACAACCACUUCUGGUCUUUACACCAAACCAGGAUCUGCUACCAUUCAGCCAUCAACCUCCAUAUGGUCGACCAGUUUUCCAGUUACCCAUGACUAUCACUGGUUGGAUCCUACUGCAUUUCCUUAUCUAAUGGGACCUCCUGGACCCAAGGGAGAUCUGGGUGCUACAGGUCCACCGGGUCUGCCAGGUCUCCCAGGAACACCUGGGAAAAGAGGUCCGAGGGGUCCGCCUGGCCCCCAUGGAAAUCCUGGGCCUCCUGGUAAUCCUGGACCAAAGGGUCAAAAAGGUGAUCCUGGCAUUUCUCCAGGGAAAGCUCUGAAUGGAUUAAAGGGUGACUCUGGUUUGGCAGGCCUGACGGGUGUUCCUGGGCCGCUAGGUAGAAAGGGACAGAAAGGCUAUCCUGGACCUCAGGGUCAUCCUGGUGAACCGGGGGAGCGCGGACCUGACGGGAGCCCAGGGGCCAAAGGUUAUCCUGGCAGGCAGGGCUUGCCGGGACCAAUAGGAGUUGCUGGUCCAAAAGGAAACCGGGGUUUCAUUGGUCCCCCAGGAUUAUUUGGGCUUCCUGGUGCUGAUGGAGAGCGUGGUUUGCCUGGAGUUCCCGGGAAGAGGGGCACGAUGGGUAGGCCGGGAUUCCCCGGUGACUUUGGAGAGAGGGGGGGCCCAGGUUUGGAUGGAAACCCAGGCGAGCUCGGUCCUCCUGGUCCAGCUGGAGUCCCAGGAUUCAUUGGUGACAUGGGAGCAAUCGGAACCAUCGGCUUCAUAGGGCCCAAGGGUUUGAAGGGUCUUCCAGGGAACCCAGGAGAAUCCGGACUGAAAGGUGAUAAGGGCGUUCAGGGAUUUCCAGGAAUACCCGGAGAAGCUGGAUUUCAAGGAGAUAAGGGCAUUCAGGGUCUUCUGGGCCCACCAGGGAUGCGCGGAAAAACUGGACCGAUGGGUAAACCUGGGGAUAAAGGUUUUGCUGGGUUCCCUGGCCCUCCAGGGCCCGAGGGUUUUCCAGGGGACAUUGGACCUCCAGGACAAAACGGACCGGAAGGCUUAAAGGGAAAGCCAGGAGCCAGAGGAUUCCCAGGGCCCAGAGGACAACCCGGGCACGAGGGAGAUGAAGGACCGAUUGGGCCACCGGGAGCUCCUGGCUUGGAGGGGCUUCCUGGUUGGAAGGGGUUACCUGGUUUUAUUGGAGGUGACGGUCUGAAGGGUGAACCAGGAGACACCGGAAAGGCUGGGAAGAUUGGCGAACAGGGACUUAUCGGAUUUAUCGGGCCUGUGGGGGAGACAGGAGUAGGCGGGGAGAAGGGGGAUCGUGGUGUGACUGGGGGUCCAGGACCGCCAGGAGACAAGGGAUCAUUGGGACACCCUGGUAAUCCUGGACCAGUGGGCCCGCCAGGUCCUCCUGGACCAACGGGUUUGCCUGGAUCUCGAGGGACCAUAGGUGUGAGAGGCCCAAAAGGACGAAGGGGUGCCAGAGGCCCUGAUGGACCAGCGGGAGGGCCUGGCCUACCAGGUACCGAGGGUCCUCUUGGAAUACAAGGCAAGCAAGGUCUAAUUGGACAACCGGGUAAAAUGGGAGAGAGAGGAUUAGUUGGGCCACAGGGAUUUCCGGGAAUACCGGGGUCUUCUGGUCCGCCUGGGGAAAAGGGAAUUCCAGGAAGUCCGGGCCCUCCUGGACCACAGGGACCUGUUGGGCCAUUAGGUGAAAUUGGACACAAGGGACCUCCAGGAGCAAUCGGGGAGCCCGGACCACCAGGUGAAAAUGGUAUGAAGGGAGACCUUGGUCCAUUGGGCAUACCAGGAGAGCAAGGUCUGAUCGGCCAGAGAGGAGAAACCGGACUGGAAGGAGACAGCGGGCUACAAGGUCCUGAUGGGUUGAAGGGGGAAAAGGGAGAACCAGGUCCUGAUGGAGAGAAGGGAGAGAAAGGAGUGGCAGGGCUUAUCGGAAAAGACGGACCCCCAGGUUUAUCUGGAAUCCCAGGUGUCAGAGGCGUGGAAGGGAAACCAGGGAAACAAGGCGAGAAAGGCAAACCUGGACGCAAGGGUAAUAAAGGGUUUCAGGGCCACCUUGGGGAGACUGGCCUUCCCGGAGAGAUAGGACCUACAGGAAAUCAAGGACCAAAGGGAAGCAGAGGCACACUCGGACCUGUUGGCUCUCCGGGGAGAAUGGGCUCUCAGGGUGAGCCAGGAAUUUCCGGAUAUCAGGGACACGCAGGACCUGCAGGUCCAGUCGGACCACCAGGAAUUAAAGGCGAAAAGGGAGAACAAGGGGAUGAUGGGAAAACAGAAGGCGCUCCCGGUGCUCCUGGAGACAGAGGUCCAGUUGGUGAUCGUGGGGACAGAGGAGAACCCGGAGAUCCGGGGUAUUCUGGUCAAGAAGGCCCCGAUGGUCCCCGAGGAAAAGCUGGACAGCAAGGUUUGCCGGGACAUCCAGGACCACCAGGGUUUCAAGGUUUGCCAGGCUCAAAAGGCUCAAUGGGUAUGAAAGGCAAGUCCGGAAAACCUGGAGAACCGGGUGCGCGAGGUCAGCCUGGUGCUAUAGGUUUAGCUGGCCCCCGUGGUGUAGUUGGAAGACAAGGUCAGGAAGGCCCCUCUGGUCCCGAUGGGCUGCCAGGGAAGGAUGGCAGCCUCGGAAAUAAGGGUGAACAAGGAGAUGACGGGGAAAUCGGCCCUGCUGGUAUGCCUGGAAAACGAGGAAAUAACGGUGUGCCAGGUUUGCAGGGGUCUCAGGGACCAACGGGACACAGGGGUGAGAGGGGAUUACCUGGGCAAACAGGACUGUCGGGAAACCGUGGAGGAGAAGGAGGAAUGGGAUAUCCCGGAGCCAAGGGAGAAUUGGGAACUAAAGGCCAGCCGGGUGAUGUUGGGGAGACUGGUUAUCCUGGCAUUGCUGGACUUUUUGGACCAAAGGGACCUCCUGGGGACUUGGGCUAUAAGGGCAUUCAGGGUCCAAAAGGGCCUCCAGGUUUAAUGGGAAAAGAAGGUGUCAUUGGGCCAGUAGGAAUUGUGGGUCCCACUGGAAACCCAGGUCCAACUGGAGAUAAAGGAACACAAGGGGACAUUGGAAUACCUGGACCUCGGGGCCCACCUGGUCCUCGAGGCAAGCCUGGACCACCGGGUCCACCACUGUUUGUCGAUUCAUUUAGGCAAGAAGACAUUAGUGCAGCUUUCCAAGCCUUAAUGGACUCAAACGGACCGUCCUACCGUAGUACGGACUUCACGGUAUUGGACCACGGGGGAGAAAUUUUUAAGACCCUACACUACCUCAGUAGCCUCAUCCAGAGUAUAAAAAACCCUUUGGGCACAAGGGAUAACCCUGCCCGUGUCUGCAGAGAUCUGAUGAACUGCCAGCAGAAGAUGAGUGACGGCACUUACUGGAUCGACCCCAAUGUUGGCUGCUCAUCAGACACUAUAGAAGUCACAUGCAACUUUACACAAGGUGGCCUAACUUGUCUUCGGCCUAUCACCACAACCAAGUUGGAGUUUGACGUUGGCAGAGUUCAAAUGAACUUCCUCCACCUCCUGAGUUCAGACGCCGUGCAGCACAUAACAAUUCACUGCCUGAAUUUACCAGUGUGGGGACAAGCCUCCUCAGACACGUUGUCCCAGAAUGCAGUGCGAUUCAAGGCCUGGAAUGGACAGAUAUUUGAGGCAGGAGGGCAGUUUCAGCCGGAGGUCAGAGUCGACGACUGCAAGUUGCGGGAUGGACGCUGGCAUCAGACCAUCUUUACUUUUCGGAGUCAAGACCCAACCCUACUACCAAUUGUCGACGUGUUAAAUCUCCCUCAAACCAGCCCUGGAAAAAAUCUUCACUUAGAAGUGGGAAGUGUGUGCUUUUUGUGAACGAACCAUGGUACUUGUUCUGCAUGUCAGACCUCUGAACCAGCAAGCAUGGAUUCUAAAUGACCUCUUAAUCCUGAUUGGAUGAAGGCAGCCUCAUGACCCAGAAACCAAGUUUUAUAGAGCUAAACAGAGCUAGCUGAACCAUCACCUGUAUUACAAGAAAACCGUGGUAGUCUGGGGAAAUGAUAAAUAGUCAUGAGUAAAACCCUACGUCCAUACAUCUGGAACAAGACAAACGCGUUGGCUCAAUGACAGUCAGUCACAUGCUUAAGGUUCAACAAUAAUACAAUAGGAAUUAUUAAGAAAACAAAACUAACUCCACAUUCAUUCUCCCCUUCUGCCAGGGAGCUGCUGACCGGAAAAAAAAGAUUUGCGGUAAAAAAAAGGAAGAAAAAAAAAAAGCAAAUGGCAGAAAGCAUUGAGAAGUGCAAUAUUAAAUACAAUAUAAAUAAAAGGAAAAAAAGAUCAAAUAUAUAUGUUAUUUAACAACAAUUUAAGUAUAGUGACUCCCCCAUCUUCCUUCCAGCAACGGAUCAGUCAAAGGAAGCCAAAGUUUUCUUUUAUAAUUUUUUUUUUUUUUUUUUUUAUUAUGGAGAGAGAAGUGAAUGGGGCAACCAACUGGUGCUACCUCCCACUGUGAAAAUCUCUGGUGCUUUUGAAGCUUUUUUUUUUUUUUUUUCUGAGAAGCUAUUUAACGUUUUCAGAAGGUGCUGAUGACUUCCCAUACACGUAAGUGGGGAGGACACCUGGCUUUAUUUAAAAAGAAAAAGAAAAAAUAUUUUUUAUGAGGAAGCAGUAACGGUUUCCUGUUGUACAGAAGCCCCUUCACUCCUGGGACAUUCUAAGAAGAGAUUUGUAUGAACUGUGACAUCUCUGGGAUUUGUUUGUUCUGUAGGAUGUUGGCUGUUUUUAAGAGCUGAAACUGUAGAAAUUUAAUUUACCAUCAUAUAAUAACUAGUUUAAUGUAGCACUGAUCAGGCAAACUGUCUCCACGCUUAUAAAAUAUUAUAAUAUUUUUGGUGAUUGUGAAAGCAAGGUUUAUAGCAAAUGUUGUACCUUGUGUCUGUCUACAAACACCUGUGUUUUAUGUAGACAAUGCAUAGGACACUGCAUGUUUCAGAUAUUUAAGAUCAUCACCUGGCUGUCACUAUGAGCAAAUUCUUUAGAAUUUGCUAGACUGGGGUCAGAGGUUUUCCAACCGCGUGACGUAGUACAGUCAUUGGGUAGAAUGAAAAAUAUAUUAUAUGAAUUGGGCGACAGUUGCACCUGGAAAAAAAAAAUAUAUAUAUAUAUAUAUAUUUCUGAUAGAUGGAAGAUUUGUUUGUUAUAUUUUGGUAACCUAAAACCUGCAGUGCUAAAUGUAUGUAACUCAGGGAUGAAGGGGUAAAAAAAAAAAAAAAUCUAAAAUCGUAAAUUAAAAAAAAUUUAAUGUUUUUUUUUUUUUAUUUAAAUCAUGUUUAUAUAUUUUAAGGGAAUAUUUUUGUAGGCUUGCGUCCUGGUGAAUUUGUACCAAAGGAAUUUUUUUUUUUUUUUUUUUUUUUUUUUUUUUACUCAUAAGAUAUCUUUGUAGAUUUUUUUUCACUGCUUCGGUUGUAUAAAUUGCUUCCAGAACCUGUAUAAUUUUUCUACCUAAAAGAAGAAGAAGAAAGAAAAUUGGCCAAAAUGUUUAGUGCUGCUCUUACCUGCGCGUUUCGCUCCUUACCUAGUAUCUCAGUCUAGGUGGGAACUGCAUUUUUUAUUAUUUAAAUAUAACCCUCUACCAUACCCAGUCCCAUCCCUACCCUAUCCCUCUGUUUAAAAGAGAAUAAUGCUUUAAGACCCAACUGGCUUUGGUGUACGUUCUGUAGAGAAUUUAGUUUCUAUGUGUAAAUUUGGAGCUAAAGAAGAUUGUCAUUUCUAUAUUAUAGCUGUCAUGUUCUAUAUUAUAUUGUAAUCUGUUUAGAAAGUUUUAUUGGAUGUGUGUGAAAGUCUUGUCUUUUUUAUUUUAACUUUUUUUAUUUAGUUUUUUCCAUCAUCAAAUUCCAAAAAAAAACAAAUAUUCUUCCAAAUACCUCACCGUGUGAUUUGGGGCUCUAACUCAUCCUGCAUCUCCUACAUUUUCCUUCUGCCAAGUAUCCUUCUCCCGUACAAACGCUGCAACCCAUUUUUCUCUCCAAUUUCACUUUCUCUAUGCCCCUUGUCAUUUGUUUGAUUCAGGGUGUUGGCAUUUUCAUUCACAUUAACUGUGUUAAAAAUAAAAAAUAAACAUUUCAGAAUGAGGACAUUCAA